AUGUCUGUAUGGGAUGACUUGGAAUUGCUUUUGGACUCUCCUUCCUCACUCACCAUCGCUACAAAUACAAAAGGAACUGUUAAAGACAACCCAAGUUUCAAUGUUGACCAGGAUGUAUCUGCAUUAAAGACUGCCAUAGAGGGUCUUGGUACAACUGAAAAAACACUGAUUGAGGUGUUGACUCAAAGAAGUAGUGCACAGAGGCAACUUAUUGCACAAGCUUAUGAGAAAGCAACCGGAAGGAAACUGGUGGAUGACUUGGAGGGAGACACUCAUGGAGAUUUUGAGGAUGCACUUGUUGCUUUGAUGACACCUUCAGCAAUGUAUGACUGUCGAGAAGUCAGAAAAGCAAUAAAGGCAGCUGGAACAACAGAGAGUACAUUGACUGAAAUAUUUGCCUCUCGCUCAAACAAACAAAUGAAAGCUUUGUCUGAAGCUUACUCUUCUGAAACGGGGAGAACAUUGCUUGAUGACUUAAAGGGGGAGGUAUCUGGGGAAUAUGGAAAAGCCCUGAUCAUCCUCGCUGAGGGAAAACGAGAUGAGAGCACACAUGUUGACACUGCUAAAGCCAAGGCAGAUGCAAAGGCCUUGUAUGACGCAGGUGAGAAAAAGUGGGGGACUGACGAAGACAAAUUCAUUGAUAUCUUAUGCCACAGAAGUAUUCCUCAAUUGAGACAAACUUUGGUUGAGUACAAAGCAAUCAGCAAGAAAACUCUACAGGAAAGCAUAGAAAGUGAGAUGUCCGGCAAUCUGGAAAAACUGCUUGUUGCUGUUGUGAAAUGUGUGAUGAAUGUCCCAGCAUACCUUGCAGAACUACUGUUCAAGAGCAUGAAGGGUGCAGGUACCACUGAGUCCACUCUAACCAGGAUUAUUGUAAGUCGCUCAGAGGUUGAUUUGCUGGACAUCAGAGCAGAGUACAAAAAGCUUUAUGGAUAUUCUCUCUACUCUCAACUUGAGUCCGAGGUAUCCGGUUGCUAUGGUGACGUACUAAAACUAGUAUGUGGACAAGACUAA